AUGCCCUCUGCCUCCUCACCGGCCUGCGCACAGGUUUUCUCACAGUGCUCGCCCCCGACUCAGGGCCGUGUUGCUAAGUUUGCGGCGGCGAGGAAGGCCACGACCGCGCAGAGCCCGCGGAUCCACGGGGUACCGGCGCGGCCACGUAGGCCCGACACCCCGUCUGGGUGCGUCGGCCCAGGCCAGCCGCCCACCGCCCCACCACAACGGUCGAAUGAGCGGCCGCGCGCAUGGGUUCCACUCGCCUUGUACAAGAGGAAGAAGCCGCAUUGUCCUUUUUCUGGGCGGGGGCUUUGCGCGGAUGCGGGCGGCUGCGACGCGCUCCUUGGCUUGCCACCGCGACGCUACGCGCCGGUGGGGUGCUCGGAGCCACCGCCUUUGGCGCGGACCCGAGCCAGAGACCGCAUGCCGGCCGGCCACUGCACCUUCCCAACCAAGGGCAUUCCCCGGCGGCCUCUUGCUGGGUGCUGCGGGUGCAGGGUUUUGGCGAGGAAAGGACCUUUGCCUGCGUAUAAGCGCACCACGGGACGAAGGAAGAAACGCAGGGCCAGAGGCGAGGGGCGGAGCGCUCCUAUUGCGAUGUGCCGGCCGGUGGUGUGGAGGGCCCGCCUCCUCUCACGCGGUGAUGAAACGCUCUUACGGGGCCAAGCUUGGGCCGCAAAAGGAGGCGGAGGAAGCCUUCUGGGACAACCCCCUGCCCCCAAAAGAUGGGCCUCCCCUCUGCGAAAGGAGGGCCGGCGGCAGGGAACAGCGCGCGGUGCGUGA